AUGGCUCUCACCAUGCUGAAGAUCAUAAUCAUAUACCCUUUGUUCCUAUCUUCUUUACUCAUUAUUGCCUCUGCUAAUUACUAUCCAAAAGAUGGAAAUCACAAUUCAUAUCAUGUGAAUUACCUGAAAUAUGACCAUCUUUUUGACCAUCUGAAGCCACAACAAACAAAAAACACCAUUGAUCCAAUAGUUGGAGGAGUAAUCCCCACCAUGAUCCAUACCAUUGGGAUUGAAGGAGUUAUUCUUUGCCACACAGCACUUAAUACAUAUAUUCCAAUCCAAGGAGCCGUGGCAAGAGUGACAUGUAGUCCAAAUUACUCAUCAUACGACAAAGAUGAUGUUCCUUCAUCCAUGUUGAGUUACGAAAGUGACGUAAAUGGUUUCUUCCUUGUCAAGUUAUUAGUUUCACAGCUCAAAACAGGGUUGAAUGUCAAAGAAGAUUGCAAAGUAUUUCUCGAGUAUUCUCCACUUCAGACCUGUAAUCUUCCAACCGAUGUUAACGAUGGAAUUACUGGUGCAAAUCUUUCUUUCUUCACUGCUUUCAAGGACAAGGUUUUCUACACUUUGGGAGCAGGACCUCUCAUCUAUACCACUACCCCUAAAACUGACAAUACACGUGAUCAAUAUUCAGCACCCACUCCUGGAUAUUAAAAAUAGGCAAAAGCACUAUUCUUUUUUCUUUUAUAAUUUCCAAUUCUUGCUAAUUUUUAUUUAUUACAUAUAUAUCAAUAAAUUUGAUAUAUUUCUUGAUUCACCAAAAGUAAUUUGUUCCUUCUUCAUAGUUGAAAAGGUUGUGUGAAAUUGUUUAUUGAUUCAAAGUUUUAAUAAAUUGGUUCUCUCAUUAUAAUUUUUUUUAUAAUAUAUAUGUUGAUGCUCAAAAUUAGUUCAAUAAUAAAUUUAUAAUUACUUCGAAUUCUUUACAUUAAAAUUUUUUCAAAAUUCUAUUAUUGCACA